UUUCUCUCCUCCCCUUUUCGUUCCUCUCUUUCUACCUUCUUGCACUCUUGCUCAGAAAAAUAAUCCAUGGAGGCUCUCAGACUAGAAGCUCGAGCAUUAGGGUCCCACUCAGGGGGUUCCACCCCGCUCAAGGCCCUUCUCCCUGGGGCAGAGGGCCCCGUCCUUCCCCCUGGAGAUCCAGAGCUGUGCCGGGAGCAUGGAGAGACGUUUACCUUGUUCUGUGUGGAUGACCUGGAGCCAGUGUGCAGUCAGUGCGGACUGACUGAGACCCACGAGGGGCACAGAGUCUACCCCAUAACGGAGGCUGUACCUGACUGUAAGGGGGAGCUGAACUCUUCACUGGGGAAGCUGCUCGGGAAGAGCAGGAGGUUUGAGAAGGUUACGCGGAUCUUUGAACACGCCUCCCAACACAACCAGAGCCAUGCCCAGCAGACAGAGAGACAGAUAAAGGAGGAGUUUGAGAAGCUGCACCAGUUCCUGAGAGAGGAGGAGGAGGCCAGGCUAGCCAGGCUGAGGGAGGAAGAGGAGGAGAGGAAUAGAGUGAUGAAGGAGAAGAGAGAGAGAGUGGGAAAAGAGAUGAAGCUGCUGGCUAAAACCAUCCGAGAGAUCGAGGAAGAGAUGAAGGAAGACAGGGAUGACAUCGCCUUUCUGCAGAAUUACCAGGAGACAGUAAAGAGGACGUGGCAGAGUCAUGGGGAGCCAGAGGAGGUGUGUGGUCCUCUGAUAGACGUAUCUAAACACCUGACCAACCUCCGUUACUCCGUCUGGAACGACAUGCUGCACAUAACCCCUUACACUCCAGUAACCCUGGACCCGACCACGUCCUGUCCAUCUCUGGUCCUCUCCCCUGGACUAACCUCUGUCCAGCUGGGAAAGGAGAGGAUCCAGAUCCAGCCUGCUAACCCGGAGAGAUUUGACCCGAUCGACUGCGCUCUGGGCUGGGAAGGAUUCAGCACCGGCACCCACUGCUGGACCGUGGAGGUUGGAGAGAGCAGCAACUGGACAGUUGGAGUGGCCAGCCAAUCUGUGCGUAGGAGGGAGGAGUUUGAGGCGUGUCCGGAGGAGGGGCUAUGGACCCUCAGCCUACGGAAUGGGACGUACCGUGCCAUGACCACACCGUGUACCACCCUCCCUCUGGACUGGUCCCGCCCCUUUCACAGGAUCAAGGUGUUUCUGGACUGGGAGGAGGGUCAGGUGGAAUUCUGGGAUGCGAUGAGGGACAAACUCCUGUUCACCUUCACGCACCGCUUCACAGAGACGCUGUAUCCGUACUUCCAGAGCAGCUGUUCUAAGUGCUGGCUAGUGGUGUUACCCCAGAGAGUGUGUGUGGAGGUAGAGCUAGAUCCUAUCCCUGGAGAUGACGAUGGAGACCAGAUCCCACACGACGGAUCAUCCAAUGAGGGAGAGGAUACCGAGACUAGAUCCACUGACUACAGCAAGCUGACAGAAACUGGAUCCCCUGUCGGAGCCCAGAUCCCAAUGACCGGAUCUCCCAAAAUCUCAACCACUGACCAGAACCAAGAGACAAGAUCCCCUGACAAAAUGUCAAACACCGGAUCCGCUCAAAGGAUGGGCCGGAUCCCAAAGACUAAAUCCACCGGAAAGGGAAAGAUCCAACAGACUGGAUUCGCUGUUCAGAAGCAGAUCAAAAACACCAGAUCCAAUGGAAGCUACCACGUCACGAAGGAUAGGCCACUAGUCCAGGUCAGGAGGACAGGAUCCACUGAGAGAUCCACCGAGAGAUCCACUGAGAGAUCCACCGAGAGAUCCACAAGCAACAACACAGAGAUCAAGUUGCGCUGCAGCUCAGCCCAGAUCAUCCAACACACAAGAGAUCGCCCAACACAGACUGGAUCUCCUACCUCCACAGACUAGAUUCCCUACCUCCACAGACUAGAUCCCCUACCUCCACAGACUAGAUCCCCUACCUCCACAGACUAGAUCCCCUACCUCCACAGACUAGAUCCCCUACCUCCACAGACUAGAUCCCCUACCUCCACAGACUAGAUCCCCUACCUCCAUAGACUAGAUCUCCUACCUCCAUGUGUAUUAUAGUGGAGGUAAUGUUGUAAUACACAGUGUAUUAUAGUGGAGGUAAUGUUGUAAUACACAGUGUAUUAUAGUGGAGGUAAUGUUGUAACACACAGUGUAUUAUAGUGGAGGUAAUGUUGUAACACACAGUGUAUUAUAGUGGAGGUAAUGUAAUACACAGUGUAUUAUAGUGGAGGUAAUGUUGUAAUACACAGUGUAUUAUAGUGGAGGUAAUGUUGUAACACACAGUGUAUUAUAGUGGAGGUAAUGUAAUACACAGUGUAUCAUAGUGGAGGUAAUGUUGUAAUACACAGUGUAUUAUAGUGGAGGUAAUGUUGUAAUACACAGUGUAUUAUAGUGGAGGUAAUGUUGUAAUACACAGUGUAUUAUAGUGGAGGUAAUGUUGUAAUACACAGUGUAUCAUAGUGGAGGUAAUGUUGUAAUACACAGUGUAUUAUAGUGGAGGUAAUGGUGUAAUACACAGUGUAUCAUAGUGGAGGUAAUGUUGUAAUACACAGUGUAUUAUAGUGGAGGUAAUGUUGUAAUACAUAGUGUAUUAUAGUGGAGGUAAUGUUGUAAUACACAGUGUAUCAUAGUGGAGGUAAUGUUGUAAUACACAGUGUAUCAUAGUGGAGGUAAUGUUGUACUGCACAGUGUAUUAUAGUGGAGGUAAUGUUGUAAUACACAGUGUAUUAUAUUGGAGGUAAUGUUGUAAUACACAGUGUAUUAUAGUGGAGGUAAUGUAAUACACAGUGUAUUAUAGUGGAGGUAAUGUUGUAAUACACAGUGUAUUAUAGUGGAGGUAAUGUUGUAAUACGAAGUGUAUUAUAGUGGAGGUAAUGUUGUAAUACACAGUGUAUCAUAGUGGAGGUAAUGUUGUAAUACACAGUGUAUCAUAGUGGAGGUAAUGUUGUAAUACGCAGUGUAUUAUAGUGGAGGUAAUGUUGUAAUACACAGUGUAUUAUAGUGGAGGUAAUGUAAUACACAGUGUAUCAUAGUGGAGGUAAUGUUGUAAUGCACAGUGUAUCAUAGUGGAGAUAGUGUUGUAAUACGCAGUGUAUUAUAGUGGAGGUAAUGUAAUACACAGUGUAUCAUAGUGGAGGUAAUGUUGUAAUACACAGUGUAUUAUAGUGGAGGUAAUGUUGUAAUACACAGUGUAUUAUAGUGGAGGUAAUGUUGUAAUACACAGUGUAUUAUAGUGGAGGUAAUGUUGUAAUACACAGUGUAUUAUAGUGGAGGUAAUGUUGUAAUACACAGUGUAUUAUAGUGGAGGUAAUGUUGUAAUACACAGUGUAUCAUAGUGGAGGUAAUGUUGUAAUACACAGUGUAUUAUAGUGGAGGUAAUGUUGUAAUACACAGUGUAUUAUAGUGGAGGUAAUGUUGUAAUACACAGUGUAUUAUAGUAGUGGUACUGUUGUAAUACACAGUGUAUUAUAGUGGAGGUAAUGUUGUACUGCACAGUGUAUUAUAGUGGGGGUAAUGUUGUAAUACACAGUGUAUCAUAGUGGAGGUAAUGAAGCAUCUGUUCUCCCAGUGUAAUGUGUUUUGAAUAAAGAACAAAUAAAGAAUGA